AUGCAAUCGGCACUAACACGAGACACGAGCAUGUGCAAACACGUGAAUAGCCCGUGGUGGGAGCAGUGCUUCCAAGAUGCGUUCCGCUUAGACGCUCACGCUCUAAAUGGGAUAACUCCCAGGGAGAUUACUCCCAGCGCCGUUAGAGAGAGAGUCGGGUUAAACAAAUAUCUCGUGCCGUCCGUGAAGGAAACGGGCUAUUCCCCGUUGACGCGGAAGUGUGAACAGUUUCAAGUCGUUAAGGCGCGGCCCGCGGAAGACCGUUACGGCGAUGAGCGAGCGCGUGCGAAUUUCGUCGUGUCGACACGCGCCGGCCCCGUGAUAUCGGGCGUAGCGCGACGCAUGAAGCCGGAAUACGUCGAGCCGGAGAAUCGAGAGUGCGGGUGUGCGCGCAAUCCCGAGUCGGAGGAAGUGCAGCGGAGUCCACCGCAAGAGAAGAAAGGAACCGCCUGCCUCCUCCGAGUGUCGGGGCUGGCGACAGGGCCGAAAGUCAAGACCACGGCAAAGAGCCUCGAGCAGAUAUUGGAAAACAUCGAAACAGAUAUCGGGAUAGAGGGAAAGAGAAAAAUAGUCGAAAUAAUUUCGGAAAUUGAACAAACGGACGUAGCGCCGAUCGAUGACGGUUACGCCAAGAGGGUGCAUCUUAAGGAUGACUCGGUCUAUGCGUUUGCUCCCCGCCGCUUCGCGCACGGCGAGCGGAUGCAGAUGCGAGAUAUCGUUGAUGAUCUGCUGGCGCACGGUAUCGUCCAGCCGAGCAUCUCGCCGUAUUGCGGCAGGGUGAUCACUGUCCGAAAGAAAAAUGGCACCAUCAGGAUGUGCGUCGAUUUGCGACCACUGAAUAGUCGCGUACUUAAACAAAAAUAUCCCUUUCCUCGGAUUGAAGUGUGCUUAUCGCGAUUAACGGGAAAAGUUAUCUUUACGCUUCUGGAUUUAAGGGACGGAUUCCAUCAGAUUCCGGUCCACCGAGACAGCAUGAAAUACUUUAGCUUCGCGACGCCGGACGGGCAAUUUGAGUACAAGUACCUGCCAUUCGGGAAUUCCGAAGCCCCAGCGGAAUUCCAGAAGCGACUGAUGCAAAUUCUUAAUCCGUUAAUUUGA